CGGUGUACAUAAACAUAUUGUAGAGAAUUUAAAUAAAUGUAAGAAGAAAAUUAUGGGAGCAGGUAUCCCCCAGUCAGUCACUCUCAGUGGCAAUGUGGCAGUGUUGCAGGCUUGGGCGGUUGAGAGACUUUCUUUGCAUGGUCAUCCUUCGCACCGGUUUUUCCCGCGCAUAAUGAGGUGGUUCCCGUUUAAAUCAAGGACGAAAAAAAUUGAACAUAUUUUUAUGACCGGAGAUGUAAGUGUUUUGUUUUUCGUAAUUUUGUAUGUUAAAAUGGAUUGUCUAUUUUGUCUGAAUUUGUUGUGUGCUAUUGGUGCAGUUAAAUAUGGAGUGGUAUGUACGAAAUGAAGAUCGUCAUAGGCCGGAAAUCCAUGCAGCUUUCAACAUGGAUGACGGAGGAAUGAGUGAAGGAUCCUUGGGUGAAGGAUCCAAGGUUGACAAAGAUGAUGAUGAUGACGAAAGUUCUGAUGACGGGGCAUGGGAAGCAGGUGCGGAGGAGAGAUUGAGGAAAAACAACGAAGAUAUCAGAGCAUUGAAUGCCAAGAUUGGAGUUCUGACUAGGGAGUUAUUUGAAAUUUAUCAAACUCCAAUCUUUCAUGAAGCAGAUGCAUGUGGCACUGAUGAAGAGGUUGGGGGUGGAGUUGAUGAAGGACAUGGAGUUGGAGGUGAGGAGAAUGCUGACGUUGGGGGAGAAGAAGAAGGUGAUGGAAAUGAAGUUGAUGACCCCCUAGGUGCACAUGCUGAAGUAAGAGGGGAUGAUAAUACUGUUGGUAACAUUAAUUUUAUUGAAAUAGAUGAUGAUGCUGAUGAAGAAGAACGGGAGGUCGUGCCAUUGGCUAUACCCCCAUUGCGGAGUUUUGUUGGUGAUCCAAGCACUAGUGUUGAUGUAAACCAAUUGGUUGUAAGCGAAAUAAUUGGGCAAAGCUUGAGCACGACUUCAAUUUACACUUUGGCCCCAAUGAAAUACGUUGAUAACAUGGUGGUGUUAUUUGCUUCUACGAUCUUUAUGUACUUUGAGAAAAGGUUGUGCGGUGUUGUUAAGAGGAAUCAUUUUAGUCCGUUAUACUCGCACCAUAUUCUUACAGAUUAUAGGAAGCGUCCACAGAAUCGCCAUGUAUUCACGCUUCAUAACUAUAACAGUUAUUUGCGUUCCGAUCAUUUUGGACUUGAAGAAUUAGUCACAGCGGACUUUUUGUUUCUGCCAUUUGUCCACGAUGAUCAUUGGUGGUGUUAUUCAGUGAAAUUGAGGUCAAUGGAGAUUUUUGUGAUUGAUUCAUUGGGGAAGGGGAUUAGAGACCGCAAAAGGAUAGACACAGCCGUUGCUGAAAAUAUGGCACGGUUUUUUUGCAUCCUGAUGAAUACACCGGAAGGUAGUAUUGGUCCUUUGACAGUUAAACAAGCAAAUAUCCCAUCCCAACCAAACUUACAUGAUUGUGGAGUAAUAAUGUUGAAAGCAAUGGAAAUCUGGGAUGGAGAUGAAAAAUACAACGGGAAAAGCAUGCCUGAAUAUACAACUGAGGAGCUGCUUGGGAUUAGAAAGAAAUAUGUGUGUGACUGGAUCCUGGACAACGACAACAUUAGAAGAAUGGAACCCCUACAGCUAUACGGCAUUGUCUAG